AUGAAUUUCCUGGAUACAUAUGAUCUAGCGAGGUCAACGACACCAAAUCCCAAUCAGGGCGAACAACCUAGUCUGAAUGAAGAAGUCAACCAAGUAAUAGGCCAACUCGGUCGGUUCUGGGGUGGAUUUCGGAAGCAGAGCCAAUCUGCUCUCGAAACGGCGAGAAAGGACUUCAGUCAAGUGGUAGAGCAGGCUCAGAAAGAGCUGACGAAAUUGACGGUUGCUGAAGCACCCCAUGAGUCCAGUCAGACGACAGAGGAGUCCGAGAAGAAGCGGGACGAUGCUGCUGAAUCAAGUACCUCAACCGAAGAUCCCACACCGUCCAGCUCCCGCGAAACCCCACAGCCCUCAACGUCAGGGAGCUCACAGAAUCUCUUCUCGCGGCUCCAGUCCUCUCUCCCACCCAACAUUGUCGCAACCGUACAGAACAACAUCCCCGAGUCGCUGAAGCACGCCUCUGAGAACAUCGACCUCGCGGGAGUGCGCACGAACCUGCUCUCCGAGUUCCAGCGCGUACAGGGUGCCACACUCGCGCAGGCGGAGGAGUACGUCCACAAGAGCGAGGCGCUUCUCCGUGAGGUCGCCAAGGAGGCUGGUGAGGUCCUACGUGAUGCGGUCAAGGUUGUCCCUCCGGACCAGGCGGGCGGGGACGCUGCUCGCAGCUCGGGAAUGCUCUGGGAUGGGACAGAUAUGUGGAUGUUGCCGUCUGACCCAGGGGAGUCAAGUAGUGCUGGAAAGGAGAAGGAAGGUACCAGUUCGGGAAAGAUAACGGAGACGCAGAGUGCUGUUGCUACGCGUGCGGAGGCUCUCUUGAGGCGAUUGAAGCGCGACCCGACGAUCCUGGGGCAUGACCCCGAGGCGGAUGAGGGUGUGAAGACGGUGUACUGCGCGUGGCGUGAGGCAGAGGUCGAGACGAAGGAUGGCGGGCUUGAUGGUGCCGAGUGGCAGGCCAAGAUCGCUGCUGCCUUGGAAGAGUCUGUUGAGGGACCUGCUUUGAAGGAGCUCGAAGAGACUUUAGUGCCGUCUGAGAUGACCAAGUCAACGUUCUGGUUACGGUUCUUCUUUAGGGUUCACCAAAUUCGUUUGGAAGAGGAGAAACGCAAGGCCCUUAUCCAAAGCUCCACUGACAAUGACGAAGACUUCAGCUGGGAAGACGAUGAAGACGAAUCGUCUCCGACAUCAGAAAUCAAACCCACUCUUCAUGCAGCAACUAAGUCUAAUGCUUCGGCGGACGACAAAACCAUCAAGGAACGCCUUUCACCUUCAGGCUCACGACCUGGCUCAGGUGGAACACCCAGUCCACGUGUCAGCAGUGAAGACAGCUUCGACCUCGUUUCCUCCUCCAACGUCAGCGUCGCCGGUGAUGUUAAGACGCCGCAACCUUCCAAACCCAAACCCGGACCUCAGGACGACGAUGAUGACAGCGAUUGGGAAUAA